AUGUCUUCCUCCCAUGGCAAGCAUGAUGAGAAGGCACAGCAGCCCCGCAGCAACCCUGACAAAAUGAGCAUCGCAUCGGUCUUGAACGACCACGAUCUGGUCCAGGACCAAAAGACCGGUUACCAGGCAAGCCCACUUGACGAUGCCAACUCGACGGACGACGAUUUGGAAUGCAGAGACUACUCUGCGUUCGUCAAAUAUCGUGGGAGUGAGACCCCGUCCACUAGCUCCAACGAAUCGACAACGUCGGGAUCAAAGCGUGGUCGACGUCCUCGCUUGCCCUGCAAGAAAUACGAGCUUGAGCAAGCAUAUUUCAUUUGGUAUCACCGGAUAGACUUGCGCGAAAACUGGGACAACGUCGAACAAGAAUUCCACCGCCAGUUCGGCGAAGCCAGAAAAAAGGCCGGGCUUCAAUGCAAAUUUUAUCGUGUUCUCGGCGAAGCAAACGUCGAAAAAAUAAGAGAACAAGCAAGAUCGCAGCUCAGACUCCGAGGAGACAAGUUCAACAAGUACGGAGUGGUGCAACGAACGGCCCGGCGAUUUCCCUGGAUGAGGCCAGAGGACCAAUUGAUCCCUCCAUUGCCCUGCUUCACCAAGCGAGGCGGCUGCGGACAGCCGGCCUGUGAGAUUUGUUCCGGAAGGAAGAGGACAUGA